CCUCCACCCGGGUGCGAGGUCCCUUUAAGGCGACGGCGCCUUUCUCAGGGCAGACACCCAGCGGCGGCGGCGGCGCGAGCAUGGCGGACACCGACCUGUUCAUGGAGUGCGAGGAGGAGGAGCUGGAGCCGUGGCAGAAGAUCAGCGACGUCAUCGAGGACUCGGUGGUGGAGGACUACAACUCCGUGGAUAAGACGGCCACAGUGUCCGUCAGCCUGCAGCCGGUCCCGGCCCCCGUGCCCGCCGUGGCCCACGCUCCCGUCGGAGCCCACCUGUCUACGACCACCAGCGGAAACGGCGGCAACCAGAGCAGCGACGGCGCCAAGGAGACGCUCGGCGCCAACAACGAUGCCGGCAACCCCCUGGUGCAGCCGGGCGGGCAGCCGCUCAUCCUGGCCCAGAACCCCGCCUCCGGGCUGGGCGCCAUGGUCACCCAGCCCGUGCUGCGGCCCGUUCAGGUCAUGCAGAACGCCAACCACGUGACCAACUCGCCGGUGACCUCCCAGCCCAUCUUCAUCACCACGCAGGGGUUCCCGGUCAGGAACGUCCGGCCGGUGCAGAACACCAUGAACCAGGUGGGGAUCGUCCUGAACGUGCAGCAGGGCCAGACGGUCCGACCCAUCACUCUGGUCCCAGCGCCGGGGACGCAGUUUGUGAAGCCGGCGGUCGGCGUGCCCCAGGUCUUCUCCCAGGUGGCCCAGGUGCGGCCCGGAGGCUCGCUGCCCGUGCGCCCGGCCACCAACACCUUCACCACGGUCAUCCCGGCCACGCUGACCAUCCGCAGCACCGUGCCGCAGACCCAGGCGCAGCAGACCAAGUCCACCCCCAGCACCUCUGCCGCCGGGCCCGCCCCCUCCGCCGCCCCCUCCCCCCGCCGCCGCCGCCCGGCCCGCCCGCCAACCCCAAGCUAGGUGAGGCCCGGGGGGGCGGGGCGGGCCCCGCGGCGGGGGCGAGGGGACGGCGUCUCACCUCCCCGUUCAGCGCCCCCGUUGCCCUCUCCCUCGGCAGUGAGCGUCGCCAGCUUCGUCACGGUCCAGCGUGCCAGCGGGGCCGGCGAGAACAGCCACGAGGUGGCCAAGCUGGUCAACACCCUGCACACGGUGCCGUCGCUGGGGCCGAGCCCCGGGCCCGACGGCAGCCCCGCCCACGGCUCCCAGCGGCCCGGGGGCCCCGAGGGCCCGGCCAAGAAAGUGUCGUCUCCCGUCCCGGCCUUCGACCUCCAGGACGGCGGCCGGAAGGUCUGCCCGCGGUGCAACGCCCAGUUCCGCGUCACCGAAGCCCUGCGAGGCCACAUGUGUUACUGCUGCCCGGAGAUGGUGGAGUUCCUGAAGAAGGGCAAGUCCCUGGAGCCGGAGCCGGGCCUCCCGCCGCCGGCCGGAGCCCCGUCCCCCGAGAGGGCGGCCCCCGUCGCCCCCUCGGCCGCCUCCACGCCCGCGCCCGCCCUGUCGCCCCCGGCCCGGCCGCCCGAGCCGGGGGGCGAGGCCGCGGGCGACGGGGCCCAGAGCAAGCUCAUCAUGCUGGUGGACGACUUCUACUACGGGCGCGACAGCGGCAAGGUGGGCCAGCUGCUCAGCUUCCCCAAAGUGCCCACCUCCUUCCGCUGCCCCCACUGUACCAAGCGGCUGAAGAAUAACAUCCGGUUCAUGAACCACAUGAAGCACCACGUGGAGCUGGACCAGCAGAACGGGGAAGUGGACCGUCACACGGCCUGCCAGCACUGCUACCGGCAGUUCACCACGCCCUUCCAGCUGCAGUGUCACCUGGAGAGCGUGCACAGCCCCUACGAGUCCACCACCAAGUGCAAGAUCUGCGAGUGGGCGUUCGAGAGCGAGCCGCUCUUCCUGCAGCACAUGAAGGACACGCACAAGCCCGGGGAGAUGCCUUACGUCUGCCAGGUUUGUCAGUACCGCUCGUCGCUGUACUCGGAGGUGGACAGCCACUUCCGGAUGAUCCACGAGGACACCCGGCACCUGCUGUGCCCCUACUGCCUCAAGGUCUUCAAGAACGGCAACGCCUUUCAGCAGCACUUCAUGAGACACCAGAAGAAGAGCGUCUACCACUGCAACAAGUGCCGCCUGCAGUUCCUCUUCGCCAAGGACAAGAUCGAACACAAGCUGCAGCACCACAAGACCUUCCGCAAGCCCAAGCAGCUCGAGGGGCUCAAGCCGGGCACCAAGGUGACCAUCCGGGCCUCCCGAGGGCAGCCGCGCACGGUGCCCGUGUCCGCCGCCGACACACCGCCCGGCGCCCCGCAGGAAGCGGCGCCGCCGGCCGGGCUCGCGGACCCCCAGCCCAUCUUCCUCUACCCGCCCUUCCAGCGCAGCGCCCAGAAGCGAGCCGUCAGGAAGAUGAGCGUCAUGGGCCGGCAGACGUGCCUGGAAUGCAGCUUCGAGAUCCCGGAUUUCCCCAACCACUUCCCCACCUACGUGCACUGCUCGCUCUGCCGCUACAGCACCUGCUGCUCCCGCGCUUACGCCAACCACAUGAUCAACAAUCACGUUCCUCGGAAGAGUCCCAAGUACUUGGCUCUGUUUAAAAACUCUACCGCCAGCGGGGCCAUGCUGGCCUGCUCCUCCUGCCUCUUCGUCACCUCGGUCGGAGACGCCAUGGCCAAGCAUCUGGUGUUCAACCCUUCGCACCGGUCCAGCACCAUCCGGCUGCGGGGACCCACCUGGAUGGCCGCCCAUUCAAGGCUCUGCGCGGCCCCCGACCGGGGCGUGAGGACCCCCCACCCGCCGGCCCCCGCCUGCCCCCCGAACCGCGUCUCCGCCGGGAACCCCCCGCCGCCGCCGCCCCGCCCCCGCCGCCCGAGCCCCGGGAGCCGGCGUCCGCCGCCGCCGACCCCGAGGGGGGCGAGGGGCCCCGGCGCGGGCGGGGAGCCGGAGGAGGGGGCGACGGCGUCGGCGUCGGCGUCGGCGUCCAGGAAGGAGCAGCUGUCGGUGAAGAAGCUGCGGGUGGUCCUGUUCGCCCUGUGCUGCACCACGGAGCAGGCGGCCGAGCACUUCCGCAACCCGCAGCGGCGCAUCCGGCGCUGGCUGCGGCGCUUCCGGGCCUCGCAGGGGGAGAGCCUGGAGGGCAAGUACCUGAGCCUGGAGGCCGAGGAGAAGCUGGCCGAGUGGGUGCUGAGCCAGCGGGAGCAGCAGCUGCCCGUCAACGAGGAGACCCUGUUCCAGAAGGCCACCAAGAUCGGGCGGGCCCUGGAGGGCGGCUUCAAGAUCUCCUACGAGUGGGCCGUGCGCUUCAUGCUGCGCCACCACCUCAGCCCCCACGCCCGCCGGGCCGUGGCCCACGCCCUGCCCAAGGAGGUGGCCGAGAGCGCCGGGCUCUUCGUCCAGUUCGUCCAGCGGCAGGUGCGCACGCAGGCCCUGGCGCCGGCCAUGAUCGCCGCCGUGGACGAGGUCUCCCUGUUCCUGGACGCGGAGCUGCUGGGCGGCGACGACCGCAAGGAGAACGCCCUGCAGACCGUGGGCGCCGGGGAGCCCUGGUGCGACGUGGUGCUGGCCAUCCUGGCCGACGGCCGCCUGCUGCCCACGCUGGUGCUGCACCGGGGCCGGGCCGGGCCGCCGGGCCCGCCGGGGCUGCUGCUGGAGGCCCGCGAGGGCGGCUACGGCGACGACGAGCUCAUGGAGCUGUGGGCCGAGCGCGUCUGGCGGAAGCACGCGGCCGGCCAGCGGCGGCCCGGCCCGGCCAAGGGCCUGCUGGUGCUGGACUGCCACCGCGGCCACCUGGCCGAGGAGGUGCUGGCCCUGCUGGGCGGCUGCGGCACCCUGCCCGCCGUGGUGCCCGCCGGCUGCAGCUCCCGCGCCCAGCCGCUGGACGUGUGCAUCAAGCGCGCCCUCAAGGGCUUCCUGCACAAGAAGUGGCGCGAGCGGGCCCGCCAGCUGGGCGAGGGCCCCGGGGACGCGGCCGCCCUGCUGCCGCUGGUGCUGGGCUGGCUGGCCGAGGCCGUGGCCGUCAUCGGCGACUGCCCGGACCUGGUGCGCCGGUCCUUCCUGGUGGCCGGGGUGCUGCCCGGCCCCGACGGGGCCGCCGGCUCGCCCGGCCGCAACGCCGACGUGCAGGAGGAGCUCAUCGCCGCCCUGGAAGGGCGGCUGCCGGCUCGCCGGGACCAACGCCCGCGGGGCCCGCCGGGCCCCGCCCCGCCCCGGCCCCCGGCCCCGGCACCGGCCCCGGUCCCGGCACCAGCCCGGCCCCGGCCGGGCCCCGAGGAGAAGGCGGCCGCGGGGGCCGGCCCGCCGGCCGAGCCCCCCGAGAGCCUGCACCAGCUCUUCGAGGGCGAGAGCGAGACCGAGUCCUUCUACGGCUUCGAGGAGGCCGAUCUGGACCUCGCCGAGGUCUGAGCCUCCUCGGGAGGCCGGAGGCCGGACCCCCGGGGCGGGGGGCGGCGGCGGCUCCCU